AUGGAAGACGAUCGGGAAACGGUGCGUCUAUGGCGUGUCAAUCGCACCAUCCACGAACUCGUUCGUGAUCGAGGCUACCAAGUAGCUGACGAUGAGAUCUCGGUGGACUUGGAGACGUUCAAAGCCGAAUAUGCGCCUACGGGAGGUUCGGUGGACCGAAACAAGCUCAACUUUUUCACCGAGCACGGCGAGCACGAAAACCAGCGACUCUUCGUCUUCUACUCGAGCGAUCGAAACGUGGGCGUCAAGACGAUGCGACAGUUUAUCUCGAUUAUGGAAGAACGCGAUAUCCAGCGCGGCAUUAUCAUCUGGCCCGAAAAAAUGACGAGCGCCGCGAGAAAAGUGAUCGACGCCAUGCGCGGAACGUUUCACCUCGAGGAUUUCGAGGAGGCGUUCUUGUUGGUCAACAUCACACACCACCAUUUGGUGCCAAAGCACGAACCGCUGUACCCCGAGGAGAAGAAGGAGCUGUUGCAGAGGUAUAGGUUGAAGGAAACCCAGUUGCCGAGAAUCCAACAGGCGGAUCCCGUGGCGAGAUACUUUGGCCUUCAGAGGGGUCAGGUGGUCAAGAUUAUCAGGCCCAGUGAGACCAGUGGUCGAUACUGCUCGUACCGCAUCUGCAUGUGA